ACUCCGCUUCCCAACCCUCCUCGAAUAUUCCUCACCGCGUCUCUCUCUCUCUCUCUAGCCGCGUUCAAUUUUCUCCCAUAUAUAUAUACGCCUAUUUCAUUUCCUCUCCUCCUCAUCAAAACACUCUCUCUUCUCUUCUCUUCUCUUCUCUUCAGUAAGACAUUUCAUCAAACACCUUCCAAUCGCUGCAAUUUUAAUGGAAAUCUCGUCAUUCGACUUCUCAUUCGUCCAGGAUUCCGACCCCAGCUUCAUCUCCUUCUCCAACGCCAAGAAGCGCCCCAGAUUCGACAACGAUUCCUCCCUCGAAGAUGUCCUCACCAAUCUGCUAGCAUUCGACGCCUCCGCCGCCGUCGAAGAAACACCCUCCUACACAGCGCCGCCGCAGACUUCAUUUUACAUGAAUUCCACCUCUAACUACAACCAACAAACCCCCGACAGCUCCAACGGCUACCCCAAUUCUUCUCCUUCCCGAAACUCCCCACAGCCCAAGCGAGCGCGCGCCGAAGCCACGGCGACGACAUCGGACGACUCGAGCAGCGGCGGCGCGGUGAACGGCGGGCGGCGCCUCUGGGUGAAGAGCCGGUCGAAGGCGUGGUGGGAGCUGGUGGACAGCCCCAACUACCCGGAGGAAGAUUUCCAGAAGGAAUUCAGGAUGAGCAAGGCCACCUUCGACAUGAUCUGCGACGAGCUCGAUUCCGCCGUGAACAAAAAGGACACAAUGCUGCGCACGGCCAUCCCCGUGCGGCAGCGCGUAGCCGUCUGCAUCUGGCGCCUGGCCACCGGCGAGGCCCUCCGCGAGGUCUCGAAGCGGUUCGGGCUCGGCAUCUCCACCUGCCACAAACUAGUCCUGGAGGUGUGCACCGCCAUCCGCACCGUGCUCAUGCCCAAAUUCCUGCAAUGGCCCGACGACAAGAGAAUGCACCAAAUCAAAAACGAAUUCGAGGUCUUCUCCGGCAUCCCCAACGUGGGCGGCUCGAUCUACACCACCCACAUUCCGAUCAUCGCCCCCAAGGAAAGAGUGGCCGUCUACUUCAACAAACGACACACCGAGAGAAACCAGAAAACCUCCUACUCCAUCACAGUCCAAGGCGUGGUGGACCCCAGGGGGGUCUUAACCGACAUCUGCAUCGGGUACCCGGGGUCCAUGAGCGACGAUCAGGUGCUGGAGAAGUCGGCUCUGUGGCAGCGCGCCAGCAGGGGAGCUCUGAAAGACACGUGGAUCGCCGGCAACAGCAGCCUCCCCUUGACGGAGUGGGUGCUGGUGCCGUACGGCCACCAGAACCUGACGUGGGCGCAGCACGCCUACAACGAGAAGAUCGGGGAGGUGCAGGGGGUGGCCAGGGAGGCCUUCAUGCGCCUCAAGGGGCGCUGGAGCUGCCUCAGGAAGAGGACCGAGAUGAAGCUGCAGGAUCUGCCCGUUGUGCUCGGGGCUUGCUGCGUGCUGCACAACAUCUGCGAGAUGAGGAAUGACGGGUUGAGUCAGAAUUUGAGGUUUGAGAUGUUUGAUGAUGAGAUGAGCGUCGACAAUGCCGUCAGAUCGGUCAAUGCGUUGCACGCCAGGGAUCAGAUCGCGCACAAGCUCUUGCACCAUGAGCCUGCUGCUUUCCUCUUGUGAUCACAACUCAUUUUUGUACAUUCUAUUCUUCAAUUGUCUUUCAUUUAUCAAUGCAUACCCAAAUUUUACAGCC